AUGAUUAAAAAUAACCAACUAGAACGAAUAAAAAGAAAUCAACAUAAGGAUAAAUAUGACAAGAAAAAGGAUAAAGACAAAAAGAAAAGAAAAGCUAAGAACAAAAUUAAAGGCAAAAAAGACAAAAGGAAGGCCAAAGAUAAAACAAAUAAAAAGAAAAGCAGUGAUAAAAAAGAUAAAAAGGAUAAAAAAGAUAAAAAGGAUAAAAAAGAUAAAAAAGAUAAAAAAGAUAAAAAAGAUAAAAAGAAAAACAAAGACAAAGACAAAGACAAAGACAAAGACAAAAAAGAUGAACAACCUAUUGUUUCAGGUUCAAAGUAUGCUGGUUUCAAAAACCCCACUAGCACUAGCUUUACUAGUGACGAUUAA